UUAUGUUUAGCAAAGUUCCUGCUUUCAUUCGACUUCUUGCACCCAAAGGUUCUUUACAAGUUCAUGAAGAGGCUUGGAAUGCAUACCCAUACUGCAAGACAGUGCUAAUGAACCCAGAUUACAUGAAAAAUAACUUCUUCUUGUGUAUAGAAACAAUGCAUGCACCCGACAAGGGAGACCAGGAAAAUGUGCAUGAGCUUUCUCCCGAAAAGUUAAAACAACGAGAUGUUGUACUUAUUGAUAUAGCAAAUGACCCAAUUGAGAGUAGGGAUUACAAUGAAUUAGAAGACCCAAAGAAGUUUCAGUCCAAAAAAACAGGCAGAGGUCCUUUAAUUGGUAAUUGGCAGACAACAACUAAUCCAGUGAUGUGUGCCUACAAGCUCGUGACUACAGAAUUUAAAUGGUUUGGCUUAAAGAACAGGGUAGAAUCUUUCAUUCAAAAGAGUUAUAGACGAAUUUUCUUGAAUUUUCACCGUCAAGUUUUCUGUUGGUUAGAUCACUGGUAUGGUUUAACGAUGGAAGAAAUCCGGGCAAUUGAAGAUGAAACCAAGAAAGUACUGAAUAAGCAAAUUAACGAAGGACCAGUCCGAGGAACGCAAGGUGACGAAUAAA